AUGGCGGAAUCGCUAUUUAGCCUCGAUGACAACGCAAUUGGGGAGUUACUGGAACAGUCUGACUUGGAAGAUGUUGAUGAAGAUGAUGAUGACUUAUAUGCGCAAAAUGAUGAAGAUAAUAACUCCUCCGAGGAUGAUGUCCCACUCUCAUCUUUGAGGGCGGCUACUAAUCAAAGUGAUGGCAAAUGGACAAAAAAAAGAUUUCGAGGGAAGACUACUAGUCAAGCUCAAGAAAGUUCAAGUAAUGAACCGCCCAAAUCACCUGCGGAGUACUAUAAAAAUUAUUUUGAUGCCGAACUGUUUGAAAAGUUUGCGAUCUGUACUGCGCAAUAUUACAUGGCCGAAAAAGGGCAGCAAAUGAGGCCGCAAUGUACACCUAAUGAAAUAAAAAAAUUCUUUGGAGUUCACGGGAUGAUGAGUUGCAUUAAAUGCCCUCGAAUGAAAAUGUAUUGGCAUCAAAAAUUUCAAUACGACCCAAUAGCUAAUGCUAUGUCACUGGCUAGAAAUAUGGCCCACAUCAAAACAAUUGUGACCGUCACAAUUGUGACUCGGAAUGAAUUGGGCCUAGAUCGACACAAUUGUGACCGUAACGAUUGUGACCGUAACAAUUGUGACCGUCACAAUUGUGACAUGGAAUGA